AUGAUUGAAUUAAGAAGUUGCAUCUUUUAGUCUAAUUACUUUUGGUAUUAAUAGCCAAACCAAGAUUUAUUUUAAUCUUCUUUAAUAUAAAUAAAAUCACCAAAAUCGUCGAUAAUUUUAGAUAACUUAAUGUUUCAAGAUAUUAUUGUUUAUAAUUCUUCAGAAACUAUAAUUCUUUUUGAAGCUAAUUCAAUAUUAGCGUAAAAUUUGAAUGUUAAAAAUAUUAAUGUUGAGUUAUAAGAUUUAAUCAAGUCAUUGUGUGGCUUUGCUAUUUUUUAAGCAGAAUUUAUUAAUUUUACUAAUUCUAAUUUUUUUGAUGUGAAUAGUAUUUUCUAUGGAUUUAUUUACAUUUAAUUAAAAUAAGAAGGUAAAGUAAUACUCAAAAAUUGCAUUUUCGAUAAUACAAUUCUAGCAUCUCAUUAGGAUUAUUUAGCCUAAUUAGGGGGAGUAUUAACUAUUGAUGCUUAAUAAUCUACAAUAUAGUUAAAUGUCACUGAUUUUUAAGCCAAGAAUAUUUUUACAUAAUAGAAGUGUGCCUUUUUACAUUUGAUACCAUCUUCUUUAAACAAUUAUAUCUUUAUGAAGAGUCUAUAAUUUAUAAACUUAUACUCUUAAGAAAAUGCAUUUGGUAAAUUUGACUUUUCUUCCAAUAGUAAUAAUAAUAAAAUCUUUCUUUAAUAUAUUACUUUCAACAAUACUGAUGAAUAAGUUAAAAAUAAGUUGGCCAAAUAUACCAAUUAUUAGAAUUCAAGUAAUUUAGAUGGCAUAAUUACAUCAAGUUUUAGUCCUGUGAUAAUAUUUCAUUUUCAUUAUACUGGUUAUUUAAAUUAACCCAUUUGUAGACUAAGAAAUGGCGAUUUAAGAUUAAAGUAAUUUUUCUUAACAUCUAUUAUGAUAAUAAAUGAACUUUCUCAUAUAGUUAGUGUUGAAACUAGUUUAAUGAAAAACAUCUUUAUUGAAGAUUUUAUUCUUCUUAACAUUGAAUCUUAAAAGUAAUUGGGUUACUUCUUCAAAUUAAAUUAAACUUAAUAGUCUUAGUAUUUAAGAUUUAGGAAUCUUAAACUUAUCAAUAUUAAAUGCCCAUUUUGUUAGAAUGGAUUAACAAUGUUCUUAAGUGAUUCAAAUCAUUAAAAUAUCUUAUUUUCUAACAUUAACUUUGUAGAUAAUAAUUGUGGAUAUAAUAGUUGUUUUAUAGUCAAAAGUAAAUCAAUCAAAUUUUAUAAAUCUAAGUUUGUGAGUAAUUUAGCAUAAUCAAAUGGAAUACUGUAAUUUUAAAAUAGUUCAAUCAAUUUAAAUUAAAUUGUUUUGAAAAAUAAUGUUGUAUCAAAUAUUGCUGGUGCAAUUUAUUUGUCCAAUUCUUCAAUAAUUGCAAAAGAUAUCAGUAUAAUAAAUAAUAGUGCAAAAAUUGGUGGAGCAAUGUUUAUUGAAUAAAAUAAAUUGUAAAAGAAUACAAUAAUUAAUUUGAUGUUGUAUGAAAAUAAGGCUGUAGAUGGAUUAAACAACAUAAAGGAAGAAGCAGAUUUUUUGAAAUUGUCAAUUUAUGGAGUUGUUCUAAAGACUAAGAGAUAAGAGAUGGGAUAUUUAGUAGUUGAUAGUCCAGAGUAUUUAGUAAAUUAUAAGAAAUAACGGAUUAAUGAUACCUAUAUUAAAGUUGCAAGUGGAUAAAUGCUAAAAGAUUUCUAAAUUUUUGACAAGUCUUAAAUGUAAUAUGUAAAAAACAAUAUCUCAUUAAGAAUAGAAAUUUAUACUUAACUUGGAGAAAAAUUAAUCGAUAACUAAAAUAAUAAAUGCUAUUUUGAAUAAUUGUACGUUGAUUAAGAAAAAGAUUAUUAAUUAUAGGAGAUUUUGAUAAGCUCUCAAUUAGAGAAUGUAACAAUUUCAUCCUUUAAUACUGAAACACAAUCUUAUAAUUUAGAUAAUAUGAUGUUUAAUUUAGAUCCUUAUUCUACUCAGGAGAUUUAUUUAUUAGUAAAAUCAUAUUGUGAAGGCAUGAAAGAAAAUCAUUUAUUCAUUUUUAAUGUAAGGACAUUAAAAUGUGAAAUUGGUGAAUAUUAUAGUAAUCAAUAAUGUUUAAAAUGUGAUUUUGAUAAAGGUUAUUAUUCAGUGGAAAAGGAUUCAAUCGAAUGUUAAAGAUUAGAUCCCAAGAAAAUUAAAGCUGUAACAUCUUAGUCAAUUGAACUAUUGCCAGGUUUUUGGAGAUAUUCCUAUUAUUCCCAUUAUAUAGAAGAAUGCGAAAGCAUUGAAUAGUGUAUUGGAGGUUGGAAAGUAAAUUACGAGUCAUGUAAAACAGGUUCGAUUGGAGCAAUUUGCAAAGAAUGUGAUCUAUAUAAUAUUAGGGGAGAUUCCACAUAUUUAAAAUCACUUCUUGGAGAAUGUGAAAGAAGGGAAUUGAAGCCAAUAAUCAUCAUAAUUACUUUGAUCUUAAUGAUAUUAUUAGAACCUUUGGGGUUACAUACAAAAUCUCAGGAUUCUAAAAUUAAAGACAAAACACUUCAAGUUGUUAUUUCGAUGCCAAAUAGGUAUACUCUUAGUUUUAUAAUUUAAGAUCAAUUCUCCACAUUGAUAAGAUUACUUGUACAUUAAAUGUAAAUAUUAUAUCCUUUACUUCCUCCCCUAAGUUUUGAAUCUUACUUUUCUUAAAUUAUUUGGCCUAUUGGAAAAUCUUCGAAAUCUUUAUUGUUUUUAGUCCAUUUUGUAGCUGAUUAAUUUUAGAUAUCUAUCAUUUACUUAAAAGUAAUUUGGGCAAUUUUGAUACCUAUUGGAUAAAUAUUAUUGCUUGGACUCUUAUAUUCAAUGUGUUCAAAAUUAUUUAUAGAUAGAAAUAGAAGUUACAAAUACACUCUAACAUCAUUUCUCUUCCUAUUAUUUUAUUCGAUGCCAAACAUUAUGGAAGAGUUAUCAUCUCUGACAUCCUCCAGAAGAGUUGUAAAUAUAGAGUGGAUAGAAGCUAAUAUGGCAUAUAUAUUUGAAACAGAUCAGCAUUAUUCAUGGAUUUUUUACUUUAUUCUACCUAUAAUGUUAACUCUUUUUUUCACUAUUCCAUUCAGCACUUUAAUUUUGAUAAGGAAAACACAUAGGACUAUUCAUAAAAUUGAUCCUACGAUCGGAAUUUAUGGAUUUCUUUGUAAUGAUUACAAGGAAUAAUUGUACUAUUGGGAAUUAGUCAACUUAGAAAUGAGAUAAAUAGUAAUCGUAAUAUAUGCAUAUGUGAAUGAUUUGAGAAUGAUAUUCAAGAACUUGAUGGUCAUUUUAAUCUUAUUUAUAUACUUUGUUGCAAUAUCCCUAAAAAAACCGUAUGAGAAAUCAAAUAUCAAUAAAAUAGAAUAAGUGGGAUUGUUUUUAUGCUCAAUAUUUGUGUGUUUCAGUAGUUUAUCUUAUGAAACUAAAGUUGAAGGGUUAAUGGAGGUUUAAUUUAUUGCAGAACUAAUAAUGAUUAUAAUCCUGUUAUUCUUGAUGAUUUACAUCUUCUACCAUAUCAUCUAAACCUUCAUCCGGAAAAAUGAUGAAUAUUUUGAUAGAUUGAGGAAGAUUAUUUUAUUAAAAUUGCCCAAAAUCAUUUAUUGUUUCCCUUUUAUUAGAAAGUGUCUAAUUUCUAAGGCAGAAACCCGUCGAAAUGUAACAAAACGAUUUCUUUUGAUUAAGCAAUAUUUAAAGAUUCAUAGAUAGAAUAACCCAAGGAGUCUCCGAUAGACAAUUAAUUUCAAUAGUGAGGAUACACAUGUUAUAAUGUCCUAAAUUUAGAGAUCAGAUCAUCGUAAUUUAAUAAUGUCAUCUUUUUUAUACUGA